AUGCCUCGUCGUGCAGCAAAUAAACCUGGGUCGCAGUCCACACUGUCCUUCGGAGCCCGUGGCCGAGUCACUAAACCAGUCACCGCACCAUCCCACAAAGCGAAGGCCCUCGACUCAACUCCAGCGCUCUCUGAUCAGUCUGGCUCCGCCACCCCGGAGCCCCAGCAGCUGGCUGUUACCCCCUACGAACCUUCCAAGCCCCAUGUCGCAGACCUAGCGGUGCGGCAGCAGGCCGCGAUCGAACACCAAGCGCCCCAAUCUGAAGAUGACAAGCGGGCACUGAAGUUGAACAAGCAGGAUAUCUGGCGAUACUGGCAGGCUCAAGAGCAGACCCGCAAGGCACCUAGGGUCCACCAGCAAGGCAUGGACGUGGAGGAAAAGAUUCUCCGGCAUUUUGAUCUCUGCAGCCAAUACGGGCCCUGCGUUGGAAUCGCUCGAGUCAAACGCUGGAGACGCGCUAAUCAGCUGAAGCUCAACCCGCCCAUUGAAGUCCUUGCAGUCCUUCUCAAGGGGAAGAAUACAAAGGAGCGAGCACAUAUGGAUGAAUUGUUAUCCUGA